AUGCCGCGGAAGAGAGGAGCAGGUCGGAGGUCUCGUGGCCAGCAUGGAAUACUGCCUCACCGACGUGCCCUCGAGGCAGAAAUCGGCUCACACGAGCCGCAGCGGCUGAUCAGUCCGGUGACCGGCGGGGCAGGCCAAAAGGCACGCUGGCUUGGCAACAACCUCCACGUCCGCAAAGGAAACUGGUCAGGUGAGCCCAUCAGCGGUCAAAGUUCACGGUUAUAAUACGAGACAGGCGGCAAGGCUGAAUAACUCCGGACCAACAAGAACGACCACCAGACCAUCCGGAUGAUGCAGACGAGAGUGUUUCUGGAACACCUGUUCGACUAUACUUCGGCCUACGAAUUCGUCUCCUCUUCUUGAUUGUCUGCGUCGCGAGAUGAUAGAAUUGGAAUCUUCAGCAUAUUGCCUCAUACAUAUAUAUGUCUAGUUGCAGGGUUUCAGGCAGGACCAUCAAUGAACCUAUUCAAUUGGAGUUAAUUUGCACAUUUACUGUCAAUAAAAAAUUUUAAAAGUUUACAACUGUGCUCGAGUCAGAAUACAACACAAGCAAAAACUAUUGUUUCUUAAAAGAAGACGGAGGCACGAUCACUGGGACGGCAGAUUUAUUGGCCUUAGCUUUUGAACCCGAACCGGAGUUCAUCAGAGACUGCUAGAGUGCAACAACGUGUGAACAUUUAUAUCGUUGUUCCGUGCGAGGGGGAAUACGUCCGUGGCUAGGCCUGGUUUGUUUCUCUUCAGUGCGAAUCAGUGCGGAAGGAGAGUAGAUUAUGAAGUGUUUUACAAGAGUGGCUGUAGGUCAUCACGCUGUGAAAGAAGAUUUUGGUGAAGAAUCUGCAAUUAAGUCUACUUUUAAAAUCUAAGUGCUGAAUUUAUAAAGGCCCUGAAUGUUUAUGGGAGAAACUAAUAUUACUGAAGUAUUUAUUUUUUCCGAGUGUGCUUUUGCAUGCCGGCGUAACUGUGUGACUGAAAGAUUACGAAAUGUACUGCAUGGUAAUCAAUAUCGCAAUCUUUCCUGCUGUAGGCGGUCCAGACCGAAAGUACUGGGCGGACCGCAAUCCUGGCGUUUGGACAAAGUAACUCGAGAGUAAAAAAGUCGAUUAAAAGAACAUAGUGACCGUGUUAAAAAUGCCAGAAAUUAUGCCCGCUCGAUCUAGCCUCGGUCCGGUGUGACAGUUAAUUAACUUUAACUCGGUCACUUGUUAGUUUGAACUUCGCAAGUGAGGAGGUUCAACCCUACCCCGACCGAGCGGUAGUGGAAUUUUUUGCAGUGAAGAGGACCUAAGAGGCAUCCACCAAACCCUCUAUUCCCUUGCCUAUCCCAUCUGAAGCACAAAAAACCAACACCACUGGAGAUGGGCGUCCAUGCGUUGGUUAAUGAAUCUGAAGCCAACUUCCACAAGCAGCACACACAUUCUGGCCCCUUAUUCAACCUUGACUGGUCCUUAAAGAAGGAAUCUCUGAACUCUUAUCGAAUAAGAUUGUUCUAAAAUACCGCGUAGGGUGGCAACUAGUAGAGUCAGGCACUUGUUCUAAACGAAGAUCAUGUUUAUCCCGACAACCGCCAACCUUCAAGACCACGAUUGUACGAUCGUUGUGGAAUCCAAAAUGCGUUCUCUUAGUGAAGAAACUAGGCUCUGGAUCCGAGUGAGAACUAUCUUAUUUUGUCUCCUUCACCUAGGCCAUGUGUCAUUAGUUUGGUCGAGACAAAUCAACUGUACAUGAGAAAGCGUUUGAACUUGAAAGAUACCCUUAUUUCUUGUAUACAAUUCGAAUAAGACAAAAUUUACUACCAAAUAAGUACAUGGUUUUCGUAUUUGUAUGUAUGUCUGAAGGGAUACAGCCAGAGACCUUAAUGACCUUAUUCAGCACAGUAUCACAUUUUAAACAUCAGGAUUUGUGUUCGAGUCAAAACACAACACAAUUAGGGCGAUUGUUACAGUUAAAUUCGAAUCAGUAUGGAAGGAGACUAGAGAGCGAAAAGUUACAACAUUGGCUCAAAGUAACGUUUAAAGAGCCGUUCUGUACAUACACUUGCUGUACGUAUCAUCCACGAAUUAAUGUUAUUUUAAGUAUGGCACGCAGUUACAUGCGUAAGAUCUGACGAUGUGUUUCGAGGAUUUUUUGUGAGAAUUAGGCAGAGUUUUUCUAUUUUUGUAUAGUUCGAGGUGCUAGGAAUAGAAGCAAAGAGUAUCUCUCUUGAUUUCUCUAAUAGAGAAACCACAGGAGUAAUGGUUUCUAAAAAAAUCACAUACUGAGAGACAGGUGGGUGACUGGAAAAUUCGAACAAACCUAUUAGACGCAGUAACAGGCAUACAAUUUUCUGUGUAUCAAAAGAAAUGUCUGCGGUUAUUAAGCGACACUGGAGUCCACUGAGUUACAGGGCGUCCUUGAAAUGUCAGUGAGUAUUCUGCAGUUUUUCAGUAUUCUUAGUCCACUCCCCGCAGUUUGUGCCAAUCCAAACUUUCAUAACGAGAUAUUUCUUGAAAAAAAUUACUGUUUUCAUGAAAAUGGGCGUUUUGGACAUAUUUGUGGACUCGUCAAGCAUGAGAGAUCAUGCCAAAAUACAAUGUACAUUCACAGAGAAUGUCUAAUAAUUGUGUGCUCUCAAUCAGUCAAAAACGUCUUCUGAAAAUUACCUUUUAAAAAGGGCUUUAACAGGGUACUUUGUUGACGAAUGUGCAUAUGCGUCAUCUCAUUCCAAGGCAAAGUUGCGGAAGAAAAUUGUAAAGUUUGGCCCGUCUUUUACUUCCCUGAAAAUUUCUGCCAGACCCAUUUCUCAAUUUAGUACUGAUAGAAAAUAUGCGAUAUAAAUAUUGUCUUACCAUAUACACAAGUGGUAAAUGUCCGCUAAGUGGUGGGCCUUUUCCUGGUUUCUUAGGGAGUAUUCGCAAGGACCAGAAAAAUAUUGGGUACAAUGAAACCACGGACUGCCUGUGAGCGUUACCACGGUUUUUUGGAGAAAAAAUCGUACCGUUUUACAAAUCUGACUUUUUUAAAUCGAAAAGCGUCCGUCUUUCUGAAAUCAACGGGUUCCUUUGCAUCCCAACUCAUCCGACUUAUUCGGACAAAACAAUUAGGCAAGCGGACGACAUUUAGUUUGCAAAAGUUUCCAUUUUAUGUUGCUGCCGUCAAGUAAUUAAACACGCACUGGCUCAUAAACGUGGUCUAGGAAAAUUGCCCGCGCAUACGGUAACGUUGAUUUUCGCCCAUAUUUUUGGACGUUUUCCCUGAUGAAAUUUUUCAUAAGCAUGUUCCAAAGGUCAAAAGUAUAUUUUCUAAACGAAUUGGGCGAAUAUAUAAAAUGUACAGCCCUUUAGACGCCUAAUAUGAUCGACUUGAUUUUUGUCAUUACGUUUCAUAUGUUACGUCAUAUAUUGUACAUAGAGAUCUAUAGGGAUAGAGGGGCGUUCACUGAUUGUUCUUACGGAACUCCCUCGUUCCGUUGUGCCUUACGGGCUCUCUUUCGAGCCCAAACUGCAGUCGCACAGCGGCACAUGCUUGACUGUCUGACGACGGCUAAUAAGUCAGAAAUAGCCAUUCCAGUAUCCCUUGUCUUUUUCGGUGAUAACAUUCUGCCUAUACCAUGUGCCGUUGUGCGGCUGUCGGUUGGGCUCGAGGUAGAGCCCGUAAGGCACAACGGAACGAGUAAGUUCCGUAAGAACGAUUAGUGACCGCCCCUCCACCACUGUAUAUUCCCGAUCGAAAACCGACAGGACAACGAGCCCGUGGCUCAGUGGUUAGAGGCGUCUGACUUCUAACUAACAGGUCGCGAGUUCGAACUCCAGGUAUCCCACACCUCGGGGUUUGUUAUGACUGACUAACGACGGCUAAUAAGCCAGAAAUGGUCAUUCCAGUCUCCCUUGUCUUCGUCUCUAAUAACGUUCUGCCUAUAUAGAUCUAUGCAUUCGCUUACUCCAAUAGGACAAAAGCGUAUGUUUAAACGUUCCCGUUUCCGGACGUAAGUCAGAAAUAUUGCAUUCACUGAACGUUCAUUGUCCUGGUGUUCCGCAAGCUCAGAAGUAACCAACAAUCGAAAGAAGCGCACAGCUUUGCAUCGUCCACGAUCGUGUUCGAUGAUUGUUGAUCAAAGGUUAAACACGCGACUGUGCGCUAAAGUGACAGUGGAAGCUUGGUCGCCUUCGAAGCGUCAGAGCACUAAAAGUUCGGUUCUUGAUAUCUUCUCUUCUUCUUCUUCCUGCUUUCGCCAAAUGCUGCGGACAUUUCUGCCACUGAGUAGCUGACAGAAUUGAAUUUUGUGUCUUUUACCGUGACCGCAUAAGAACAUCUUCAAUGUAGUUCAACAAUAACUGGCAGAAACCUUGAAUCCUGUAAAAUGGGGGAGCCGCCGUGUGUCAGCCCGAUCUGGAACAGGUAUUAGCUGAAACUCAGACACCUGUUUUCGCCGCUGCAUGACGCAACUGCGAGUAGUUCGGCUCAUCAGGGGGUCCCCAACGUCCCUCGUGCACUUUCUGAUGGGUACUCCGGUUUCGACAUUUUAGCUUUUUAAUCUACUUAGAUAGUAAUGAGGGAUGAGGCUGACGGAUUUUGGCUCAGAUAUCCAUAUCAACGUUCGCAUCUGUAGUAGAUAUAAUUUUACAUGAUUCUCGGUCUUUGUGACUGAUUUUCAUUAUUUGAUGUCAUGAACACCUGCUUUCCACCCCAAGUUUAAUGUUGCUUACUUUUCUUUGAUUCGGCAACUUUGGAAACGGAAGACAGAAUUUUUUGCCACACUUAAUCUAGGCAAAUGAAUAUAGUCGAAGAAGUCAACUUACUAACUAACGUUGUGAAACUCCUGUACCCUUGUAAGUAAGGCUAGAAUUGCUAAUGUACUGAAGCAUCCCAGCAAAAUAAAAUAACCAUCAAUUUUGAAUAACUUGAUAAUAGAGAUGUUUUUUGAUGGAGAUUCACUUGUGGUAUAUGCUUCGUAUUCAAGAACUUAAAUGACCCACGAACAGGCAGUUUGCAUAUUUUUAGUAUAAGUCAUCUGUCAUUUUUUUAGAAAUCUAAGCCUGGCCAUAGAGUUGAAAUAUGAAUUUUCAGCCAUUGUCGUUUCUUUCUUUUGGGAGGACUAAGGAGUUCUCAUUUUAUGGUGUAAAAAUUCCUCCACUAAUCUUUUUUGGCAUUGGAACUUGGAGAAACCAAAGCGCCGGAACUUCAACGAGUUUAAUUUUGUUUGCCAUGAGCCAGAAGUCCGCAAACCUAAACAGUGGUUGCGUAGCGGUCGCAGUUAUGUCCUACGCAUUAAGCCCUUCUUAAGGGUAUACUUAUUUGUUUUUAUUUUGGAUUCUAUUCGUUUUUUAUUCGAUAAUUUUAUUUACCGAGAUAAGGAGCAUAUGUUGGCAUCUUAGACCACUGGAAAACAGGGGCCCACCCUUGAACGUGAGGUUUUUAACAUACUUUCAUGGUGUGGAGUCCAUCGUUAGUCCAGUUUGGGGCAGAAAUGUCGCAAUGAUUUAAGGACUCCCAAUCAAAUAUUCUUCUGUCUCAUAGUGUUCACAGGAAAUUGCCUGUCUGGUAGGCAAGCCCGCCUUUGGUCGGUAGAUUUAAUGCGUAUUUCGGUCGUUGGCGGAACUCAUCCGCACCCGGAUAAACAAUCACCAGCACAAGAAAACAAAGUCAAGGGUUAACGUGUCAGCAAGAUGAACGUCGAAUGCCCUGCCUAUGGACUGAUUUCAUGCCCUCCACUAUCGUCGCCCUGGGGAUCUAGCAGGUGUGGGUUAUUUUUCCGGGGUCUAUCCAGCCAGUAACCAACAGCUUCCAGUUAGGGCCCCGUAGCACAUGCGGUUAGAGCUUCGGCUGUACUCGAGUCACGUCCUUGUUCUCUUGGGUUCGAAUCCCAUCGAGACUGUCAAGUUUUUCACAAUGCUGUCAAAAUGAAUCAUCUAAAACUACGAUUCGGCACAAACAGUGCACUUUUUUGGCCAUUAGAGUCAUCGUCGAACUUGUGUACCACGAUGAAAUUUCUAAGCCAAAAAGUGGACUCGGGACCCCAGUCUUCAUUUCCUGGCCUAAUUUCAUUAUUUAUGGUCUGAUUCAAGAGGUUUCUCUUACGUUCUAGGCCUGGAGAACCGGUGAACUCUUCUUGUUGACCGACCUUUAUGGGCAAGGAUUGCGUGUUGACCUUCUAGAGCUCAUCUAAUAUGCCUCAGCGAAGUUGAGAGCACAAAAACGCUCGUGCGGAAGACAGACAGUAAAUUGAAAACCUUGCGUUUUGUGUCCUGCUUAUCGAAUUGCUAAGUCCCUGCUAGUCUAGAUUUUGUGCAAAAGCCUUCUGGAAGGCCUUUUGCCUUCACAUUUGCGAACGGUCUUCAAAAGACGGAGAAAGUGAAAAAGGAGAAGAAGAGGAAAAAAAGAAAAUGAAGAAUAUGCUGCCGUUGCUGCUGCUUAUGAUGAUGAUGAUGGUGGUGGUGAUGAUGAUGAUGAUGAUGAUGAUGAUGAUGAUGAUGAUGAUGAUGAUGAUGAUGAUGAUGAUGAUGAUGAUGAUGAUGAUGAUGAUGAUGAUGAUGAUGAUGAUGAUGAUGAUGAUGAUGAUGAUGAUGAUGAUGAUGAUCAUGAUCAUGAUCAUGAUCAUGAUGUGUGGGUAAAUAGCCAUUCAAUGGAAUACCCGCUGCAGAAGAUUGUGUUUAAGGGGGUAAUAGGUGAUACGUUCUGGCGUUUAAAGUCAUUUUGGAAUAUGCUCACAGCGCCUACCUGAUAGUUGCCUAUGUGUGUGGUUGUCCAAUAAAUUUGCAUCCGUAAGAUCAACUUAAUUUGAAUUUGUGCACACAUGCAGCACACUCCUAGUAGUUCCAGUGGGCAUAAUUUUCGUGUCCCACAUGAAGUUUGGUGUACGUUUGGUUGUUUUGCAGGUACAACGUGGCCUUUCUUUGAUGGCCCCUUGAGUGUCCCUUGAGCGGACCCUAUAGAAACUGACUAUUCUGUCAAUUUGUCCCCAAAGAAGUGAGUUGCAUCUGCGGAGUAAUUUUCAUGAGGUUCGUUCUGAUAAGCACAAUUUCGGCAUAUGAUUCGUCAUGAGUAGGCAGCGUUACUUCCUGGUGUGUUGGCACGACGUUCUUUAUUCCGGCGACUGUCCUCUUAUAGUAUUACUCACAGGGUUUAGAGUCAAUACAGUCACUAUCCUCUGCGUAGUUUAUUAUUACUUUCCGCCUCCACUUGGUUUUAUCUACUCCUUUUUGUGAGCAGAUCGAUGUAUUCCUUCUUCUUAAUGACUGCAGACACAUGGUUGUUGUCUCUUCUAGAAAGUGUUAUCUGCUUUAGUUUUUAUGGCAGCCCAUGUCAUUGAUAAGUAAUUGAUCUAUCGACGAAAACUGCGUCCCAGUGGACUGUCCAUGAACAUCCUCUCAAAAAGAAAUACACAUUUUGUGCUCAAAAUAAAGAGACGGAAAAUAUCACUUGUAAAGCGAAUCCAAAACUCUUUACAUCGGUAAAUUGUUCGCUUCUCGGAAUAAAUGUGCUCCUAGAAUUUUUAGUCAUGCCCACAUUUUGAACAUCCAUGGGUAAUUACCGCUGGGCAGAGGGAAAUGCACAAUCAAAGCCCGCAAGCAACUUCAGACAUGCUGAAAUUACGCUCUUUUGUCGUAAAGAACAUCACACUGAUCACGUGGAUUUUGCGCUCAAUCCCUUUCAACUUUUCCACACAGUUUCCGCAUAAAAAUGACGUCUAAAAUGUUUCGGAAAUGAAAGCCGAGACUGAAUUGCAUAAAACAGCUAGGACGAAAAUUCAUGCUCUUUUAAUUAUUCUUGGCAGGUGCUUAUUAACCAAAUUUUGUCAAAAACACUUUUCCCACGCAAACCUAACCACCCUAGAGGCUAGGCGACCUUUGAGACAGCAACCGCGCGCAUAAUCACCACGGACGUGGCAGCAUUCUCGACUGAUUGAGUGAUUGUUCAUCACCUCAUGACUGCCUGCGGAGGACCAGGAUCGGGAGAUCGCAGUCCUGCAAUCAGGCGAAACUAAUGAAAACCAGUUUUACGUGUCCUCGAAGAACAUAACAAACAGGAAGUGCAACCAUGGAUCAAGGAGCAGAAAAUCUGCUUCAAAGGCUUGCUGUCCCUAACCGGCUGGAGUUCACGUUUCAUGACGGUUUGUCUGAAGAUAGGCAGUGAAAGGGGUUAUAUGAUACGUGCAUUUUUAACUUCAGUAGUGUUAUUGACGUUGAAGUUGCCCGUAUCGGGCUUAAGGUUAGGUCUGUGGUUAGGGUUCGUGUAAGAUGUUGGAUUAUCUGAGGAAAAUGAAGUGCUCACCGGAUCGAGGGAUUUGUUCGGCUGACGUUUCGAAGAGCUGGGGCGGCUCGCCAUUGUCAAAGCGUCUAGUGAAAAAAUCCAUCAGAAUUUUUGAGCACUUCAUUUUUCUCAGAUUGUCGACCCGGAUCUCUUACUUUGGCUAACCUGAGGUUGGAUUAUUCUUACGGCCAUGUUUUCCAAGCCUGGGUUAUAGUUUGGAUUUGGAGUUGAGACUAGGGUUGGCCAUUUUGGUUUAGGGUUUUAGCGUUGGAGUUAGGAUUCUAAGGCUUGGGUUAAGGCUACGGUUAAGUUCGGGUUUUCUCUAAAAGCUUACGGGCUAAGGGUUAAGGUUAUCAAUCGCAGGCAUAGCUAUGGUUGGCGUUAGGGUCGUAGCCAUCUAAAUUUUUCUCAGGAGGUUACAUACCACACCCUUGCCAAAAUUAAUUCAUGAAUACCCUUUUUUGUUCGAUAUUCCAUCAGUCUUCCCGCUGCAGUUUCGAAAUCUAUUGUACGCACUCUGACAGACUUGAAGUGUGUGUGUAUGCUUGGUUUGUAGGCAUGGUUAAAGGCUCGACAUGGGUCCGACAACUUAUUCCCACACAUUGUAUGGGCAUUCUCUCUACUUCUUGGACUACCUUAACGUGCAGCUGAAGUACUGUCAUUGUGAGCUGGCAUGAAAUAUCCAAAAAGGAGGAUAAAAAUACAAGCAGCUGUCUGUAACACGUCGUACCUGGACGCCUGAGACACCGGAUGGGUGUCCGCCAGAAUCGAGGAUAACGCCUACACACAUGCCCCAGUGGCCCAGCAGUACACCUCUGCCAUAACGGCUUGAAGCAUUGACUUUAUAUGUCACUGACGGAGUUGUUGUGUAGACAAAAGAUGAGGGAAAAUCGACAGCUGCUGUCUCGCCCCGGCCUGAUGACCAUAACAGCUGUUGGCCAUAGUCUACCAGAUAGAGUGGGUUCGCCGCCAAAACAGAAGUCACUCAGCAAUCAUGCACAUAAGUAAACGAAGGGAAUGAGAGAAGAGGUAAUAGCAGGCUGUUGGGAGAGGGGACAUACUUCAAUGGCAAUUUAACUGUGGUCUGUGAAUGUGAGAAGAUGAUGAUUAUGAGGAGGAGAAAAAGUAGUUGCAGUAACAGAAGUGGUAGGCGGAGGGGGAGGAAGAACAGGAGGGGGAACGAUCUGAGCAAGAGACGGGGAAGAUGCAGAUGUUGUCGUCGCUGUUGUUGCUGUUUGUGGUGGUGGUGGUGGUGGUGGUGGUGGUGGUGGUGGUGGUGGUGGUGGUGGUGGUGGUGGUGGUGGUGGUGGUGGUCAACCCCCAAGAUAGAUAGCACUGCUUUAGACACUGUCCGUUCAGACCAUUGCGGAUGUGGGGAGGUCGAUAGUGGUGGCCCGGGGGUAGCGAAAGCAAUUAGUUCCUGUUCGUCUAAAUACGCUGACUCUGGCUUGUCAACACUUUUGAUAGAAAGCAUACACGUGAGGCCUUUGUUCCAGUUAGAAGCCACAAACACCGCCUUGACUUUUGAACACUCGCCUUAAAACAGCUGGUAUUUGAUCCGCUAAAAUGCCGUCCGAUGAAUAAAUAAAAACGUGCAUAUAUCAGGGAUCACCGAACCUGGCACAUUUGGAGAAACGUAAGUCCGUUUAUUUGGUUUUCAGGAAGAAAGCUACAAUUAAAGUAGCGCCAGCAGCUUCAUCGUCGUAACGAAAUAUAGGAAAGCGUAGUGGUGUCUGGAGGGUGCCCGAGAGCUUUUCCAGUCACUUAUCUAAAACUGGUCGGUCGAAGCCUGCAGCGAAAUUUACCUACACUGCAGCCAUUAUUGGGGUGCUUCAAAUAGUUAGAUCUAUCCUUAUUCAUUGAAUAACGUGAAUUACGUGAGCCUGGUAGUCAUCUGGUGGAUUCUGGGUGAAUUACUUAGGAAAUCCCGCUUGGGCAGUCAACUUACUGUAUCAGAUUUGGUGGAUUCCAGAUGUUGCAGUAGGUUGGGCGGGUAACUUGACCUAAGUGUGAUAAAACUCGCGUCGCCCGGCGGGGCCUCGUAGCUCAAGUGGUUAGAGCGCUGGCUGUACAAGAGCCUUCCCCUUACUGCUUGGGUUCGAAUCCUACCGAUGCGCCGAUUUUUUCACAGUUGGGUCAAUGUGAAUCAUUCAAAGUCUGCCAAAACAUCUAUUAAAAAUGUGUUUGUUGAUAAUGCCUUAAGCCUUCUAUCUCUUUGGUGAAUACGUGGUACAUUUACCUUGUUGUAAUGUCAUGUGGGCUGGAUAUUAGAGCAUUCGGUACAUAUUUUAACCCUUCGGAUUGUAAAGCCUCCAUGCUUCCUCCCUCUUUCACAACCACUUGGAAAAUAUUUUGCGUCUGUCGUUGGGGUUGGUCAGCUUCAUUUAGAAAAUCGGCCCUGUUUGAUCACACUUAGUCAGUGAGACCACGACAAAAUACUUGCCAUGGACUUUAUGUCAUACAGUAUUUCUCGAGAAAAUUGAAUUUCUUCAUUCGUUAUUAAUUUGCAUCUCAGUUGUUUGGGUUUGAAGCCCUAAUUUAGGCUGGAAUUACCAUUUUGGGGUCAGAUGCUGGUGUCAGGCAGCGGUAUAGGUAGUAUCCACAGCUUCGAUCCGGUUUCCUUAGUUACUGAACCUCAUGUAUAACGUGCUUUAGCAUAUCCAACCAGGCUGCUAUUAGGAAGGCAAUUCGCUGAGUUAUCUCCGGCUGCAGGUAACUCCUUUCCGCCAAUUCUCUGCUCUAAGGCCCUCGUAGGCGGCCACCCAGUACAAAGCUGACGUCGGGAAAUGACUUGUUAAAUGUCCAAUCCAGUCUCCACCGUCCUGUUCAGUAACAUAUCGCGAAUACUGGUUUUUCGUGACAUUCGGACAUGUCUGACACCUGAGUUGUCCAAGUCCUGAUCCAUUCCGGCCUGGCUGACUGACUGACGGCAACUGGCGGGCCAGAAACGAUGAUUCCAGCUUCACUACGGCAGCACGUGGGGACACACAGGACGGUCAGUGCUUCAGCCAAUCUCCAAAUCGAAUUGCUUCAAGCUAGUGAGGAGAAGUGCAAGUGACUCUCAUGUGUCCUCUCGGCCAGAUUUCGUCCUGCAGCCCCAUUUGCUUGGUACGAUACGGUUAGCUUGCUAAAACAAUUUUAGUUAACCCACCUAAGUUGGCCACUCGUUGGAUUAGGAAGGGGAAGAUAGAGCAAGCAGAUCUCGAAGCGCGCACACAGCGAAGCGCGUGUACACCGAUGUUUGGUGUGACCGAAGGUGGCGUGCAUUCACUUUCCCCGCGGCACAGCCACUCUCUGGAUUGGGAGAGCGCAAUCACAACUGGAAGGCCACAGAGGGAACCGCGUGUUAAUUUGCAGCGCAUGAUCAUUAUAGUGGCAUGGGCGAACCGCCACACAGUCCGAGCAAUGACAUUGGCAAGUCCACUUAGCCGCCCGUCGGAUUGAGAUAACGAUGAGGACGCAAGCAGAGCUCGAAACACGCUUAGGGAAGUGCGUGUUAACUGAUACCUGAUGUUAUUGAAGCACUCCCUCCGAGACGCAGUUACUCGCUGGAUUAAAAUAAAGUAGGUGAGCUAACUAAUGAAAUGUCAACCGAAAUGCGUUUUCGUUCCGAAAAGUGGGGUUGUAAAACUAAACAUCAUGCAGAAUAAUUCUAUAAUAAUUCAGUUACCUCAGGAUGCCGGCUUUCAAACGAACUUCUUUCCGGCUGUAUGCAAAAACCAUACUCUGUAAAAAUGGCUACUCAAUCAGCAUGCAUUUUUCUCAUUGACUUUCGAUGCCCUUAAGAAUUCAAUUAUAUUUUGUGGAAAACAUGCAAAAAGGAUUCGUCCGUUUACUCAUUCGGUAGCAAAAUUACGUGUUCUUCCAAUUUUAUACUGGAAGGGAGGGUAUAAUUCGGUUCUAAAAAGUUUCUAACUGGGAGAUUUUUUAAUAUCGUGAAAUGGCCAUUCAUAAAACGCCAUGUCUCUGCAUUUAACAGUGUGGCUUAUAAAGUUAACAAUAGGGCUCAAAUCCACUGCUAAAUUUUGUGAACCCCAUUUGGUCUCCUCUUCUUACCGUAGAGAAAUAUAGGUUUUUCCGUACGUGGAAUAUAUACCGCUUGUAGUUUGGGAACCGUGGAUGUAAGUGUAACGGCCGUUUGAAUUCAACAUUAUUCGGAGAUAGGAAAAGUUUUUGAAAACCUAAUUACACCCUUCCUUCGAGGAUAAGAUUGGAAGAAGGCGUAUUUUCCAACCGAACUGUUAAAAUGAUGAAUAGUCUUAUGCAUUUUUUCCAUAAAAUAUAAUUUAAGUUUCAAGGGCAUCGAAAAUCAAUGGGAAAGACUCAUGCUACCUAAGUAGCCACUUUUUGCAGAGUUUACUUUUUCCAGGCGGCCGGAAAGAAGUUCGUUCGAAAGCCGGCAUCCUGAGGUAACUAAAUUAUUAUAGAAUUACGCUGCACGAUGAUUUAUUUUAAAGCCCUACUUAAAUAGUCUCCUCGAAACGAAAACUCAUUUCGAGAUUUCGGUUGCCAAUUCAUGAGGUAGCCCACCUACUGUAGUAGGGGAGGCGCAAACACGUGAUAUAUGUAAAGUCGACGUAAUCAGUGCUACUUAAAUUUUUUUGGCUAACUAACCGUAUGGUAUCAAUCAAGUGGGGCUGCAGGACCAAACCCCGCCGUUAUCUCGUCUGUGCAUGCCCUGGGGUCUCUAUAUCCUUGCUAUUUUACACUAUCCUUAAGUAGUUCAACUCGGCCCGGCAGACUACCCGCGGGCAUCCGCAGCAUUUAACCGAAGCAAUAAAGGAUACGAGGACUGGUCGCCUACCCGACAGAUUGGAACGCGCUCCGCUGUUGUUACUGUGGUUAAUCCAAUUUUCCUUUCGCGUACAGCAGAGUCCUACUAAAAAGUGAACGCCUCUUCAGCCCAGGUUCGGAUGAAAUUAACACAAGUGGUCCGAACUUCGGCGCCCUAUAAUCUCAUCAGAAACUAUCGAACGAGUGUGCCGCACAGUCCUGGCGACUGGAGGCGUUUGGAUCCGGCCAGCACCUCUAUUCGAAACACUUCGGUGCCACCAGACCAAGAUGGUCUACUUGUACAAAGAGGGCUGGUUCAGAUAUCUUUGAUUACAGGGCGUUAGCAAUAGGCGAAGCAUUCCCUGGUCAGAGAAACCAAGAACGGAGGAAACAGGUAAUCGGAGAGGCUCCGUUUCGCAACUUUUCCCACUGUGCCAACGGUUACCCAGAGUCAAUAUAUUCUGACAGCUGGAACUACUUUCAGGGCGAUUUCGUCUAAAACACCCUUCAGCUACUACUAUGCAGAUUACCUGGUGCAACUUUCGACGUCCUUCUGAGGUGAGGUUUCAGAAAUAAUUGCAAAAUCACCGUCUUUCCUAACUGAAGGAUAUCGUAUACGAGGACUUAUUUAAAGUAAAUCCCUCGGUCAGCCGGCUCUCGACUUUUAUUUAAAGUUCUCUACGCUUCGUUAUCUGUCUGGCUUACCGGGGGGGAGUAUGCACAUUUCCGUAGGGGCUACAGGUGUUGUGCCAACCUACCCUUCCACAACUCCGUUUUAGUUUGCUCGGUCGACAGCAAGGCUCCAACAUGUGUUAUGUCAGCCAAUUUGCGCUCAAAGUCACCAGACGCGAGCAGCUGUUUCGCCCCGGCGGGAAAUCGUCAGUAUGCCUGGACCUUUCCUGAUAUUCGCCUGGCUUCCCAAUUACGCCGAAUCGUCGCUUGCCUCCGAAUUCCCUAGCCACUGUCUACUGGCCAUGAAGCAUCAGAACCUCGCCAAUGCAUUAUCUUCUUGA